AUGGCUCGUGAUGUUUUUGUUCUUGAACCUCCAAUGUCACAUUUCGAAAAACAAGUAUGGGUUAUUUAUAAAGCUGGUUUUGCUAAUCCAGCUACAGAUGGUCAAGCAAUAAAUUACGGUGAUUGGAAUCUUGAUUACGGUGGAUAUACUAGUAGUAAAUUAAAACUUCCUUUCGAAAUAUCAUCAAAAGUAUUUCCACAAAUGGGUUUGUACUCAUCACACGAUAAAGUAUUAAUAAAAACGCAUAUGAGAAUGAUUGCAAGACAUGGAAUCGACGGAAUUAUUAUUCCAUGGGUUCCAAAGCAUAUAGAUAAUGGUUUCAUUGAUUCUUCCGUUAAAAUAAUCUUAAAACAAGCAAAAAAGAUCGGAAUUUCGGUAGCUGUUCAAGUUAUAAGCUAUAAUGGCCGUGAUCGUCAUUCUAUCAACAAAGAUAUUAAUUACAUUGCUUCCAAUUACGGUGGUGAUGAAAUUUAUCUUAAAUUCGAUGGGAAACCAGUCAUUUUCUUCGAAGAUCCAAAUGAUAUCGACGACAUUCAGAACGUUAUUUAUUACCGCAAGAACGAGUUAUUCAUGAUUACUAGUCUUACGUCAUUCAGCCAGGUUGGAUAUGCUCUUGAAAACGGAUUUUGCGGAAUUAAUACUCAAGGAGUUUAUUCGAACUAUACAUCAUGGGACCUUAUGCAUAAAGAUGCUGUUGAACGUGGUCUCCUCUUCAUUCCAAUGGUUUCUCCUGGUUUUGAAUAUUUUGGUACAAGUAUUUCAAGAAAAUCCGGUAAGUAUUACAAAGAACUUUUCACACAGGCAGUUAAUUCUGGAGCCAGAAUUAUUUUGAUAAAUUCUUUCAAUGAUUGGGCUCAUGGAACUCAAAUAGAGAAUAUUGUUGAAAGAGAUGACUAUAUGCCAAACGAAAAUACAUGGGGCGGGCCUCCAAAUUAUUAUUUGGAAUUAACAAAAUCAUUAAUCAAGGAUUUCAAGGAUAAGAAAGCUUAA